CACAAACGUGCACAAGAGAUGCUACGGUAUGUUGGGGCUCUUUGCAAUGGUGAUGCUCACGUUCUCAGUGUCGAGCAACAGCGACGGGACUCGAGCUGAGAAAGCCAUCGCACCUUAUAACACACUCGCAGGUGGAAAGCGGCGAGACGACCCACAUGAGGCAAGAAUUGUGUGCAGCCGCAGAGAAAAAUUGUGCACUCGGGGUGGGAAUGAAAUCACUAUUGGAGCAAAUGGACAAAGUAAACGCUGCUGUCCUGAGCAUGUUCAAUGCAGAAGAUCAGCUGUUGGGUGUUUCUGACCAGGGCUGUUAGAAACCUUUGUCACAGCUCAAAGAAUGACCUCUGUAUUUAACGGGAUCCUGCGGCCUGUUGUCAUUGCCAUCCUGUUGCUGGGGUGCUUUGCGACCAUAUUUUUCAUGUACAUAAAACCCAAUAAUAUUGGCUUGUCUUGGCCUACUGAGCCCGCAACAACUACCAUUAAAGGGAAAAUUCAAACGGCAGCAAAAAAACAAGACAAUCAGACGGUGGUUCUAAUCUGGCUUUGGCCGUUUGGUCAAACAUACGACCUGAACACUUGCAGCACCCUAUUCAACAUUGAGGGCUGCUCCCUGACUGCAGAUCGUUCUCUUUAUAACAAAUCCAGCGGAGUAGUGAUCCACCACAGGGAUAUCAGUCGAGAUUUAUCCAGCCUGCCUCCUGCCAACCGACCAGCCUUCCAGAAAUGGAUCUGGAUGAACCUAGAGUCUCCUUCUCAUUCCCCAAAAAUUCCAGGAAUAGAGAAGCUUUUUAAUUUGACCCUGAAUUACCGUCAGGAUGCCGAUAUUCAGGUGCCUUAUGGCUCAAUUGUAUCUGUCGGAGAGGGGGAGGAUUUUGUUUUGCCCGCUAAAACCAAACUGGUUUGCUGGAUUGUAAGCAACUGGAAUCCAGACCAUGCCAGGGUGAAAUACUAUAACGAACUGAGUAAGCACAUAGAAAUACACACAUAUGGCCAGGCUUUUGCGGACUACAUUGUAGAUAAAGAUUUUUUCUCCACUAUUGCUACCUGUAAAUUCUACCUGUCCUUUGAAAACUCGAUCCACAAAGACUAUAUUACAGAGAAAUUGUACAAUCCUUUAUCAGUUGGGUGCGUUCCGAUUACUCUCGGCCCGGCCCGACAAAAUUAUGAGAACUUUGUGCCCGGAAAUGCAUUUAUACACGUGGAUGACUUUUUGUCCCCGAAAGAGUUGGCAGAUUACCUUUUGUUGCUGGAUAAAAAUGAAGAGCUCUAUCUGCAGUAUUUUGAGUGGAGGAAGCAUUUCAAAGUAAAGCUCUCCUACUUUUGGGCUGAGCAUACAUGUCGUGCCUGUGAUUACUUACAAAGGCAUAAGGAAUACAAAGCUUGUAAUAACCUGGAUUCUUGGUUUUGGGAUUGAUUACAUUUCAUCAUCGUUGUUGUCAAUUAUGGAAGAAAUGAACAAGUUUCAAUUUGAAGUUAAAUUGAAUUUAGGGUUCUGAAUUUGUGACGAAGAAAGAAAGGGAGAGGGUUCUCUUCUCUCUGUUCCUGAUAAUAUCUGUUCUGUGGUGUUAAAUGACAUAAAAAUUCCUGAUCCACUUUGGCACUCCAUGGUGAACCAAUGUUACUCUGUUUUAAAUUAAGUGUUGAUGAAAUUUGUUUGGUUUUAGUCAUAAAUGUUUUAUGGUGAUUACAGAGCUGUGUCUUUCACCAAAAAGUUUCUAAUUUCAUUUUACUUAACGUAAAUAUCAACAAAAGCAUGCAUACUUCUAUGACAACAGAAACACACACAAAGCACACAUUUUAACAGUCCUUUAUAUUUGCGAAUAGCUUCAAUAUCAACAAAAGAAUGCAUACUUUAACCCUUGUGCUGUGUUCCUCAUUGAAUACCACGCCUUGUGUUCCCCGGUCAAAAUGACAGACUCACUAAGAUUGUUUAUAAGUUUCUUUUAUUGCACGGUGGCUCAGUGGUUAGCACUGUCACCUCACAGCAAGAAGGUCCCAGGUUCAAGCCUCAGCUUAACUGGGCCUUUCUGUGUGGAGUUUGCAUGUUCUCCCCAUGUUUGCGUGGGUUUCCUCCAGGUACUUCAGUUUCCCCCACAAGUCCAAAAACAUGCAUGUUAAGUGAACUGGAGACUCUAAAUGGGCCCAUAGGUGUGAGUGAGAGUCCCCAGGAAGGGCAUCCAGUGUAAAUCCUGUGCCAAGUCAAAUAUGCAGAUCACAGAUGGUCCACUGUGGCAACCCCUAACAGGAGCAGCCGAAAGAAGAAAAAGAUGACAGGUGUUGAAAUCCUUUUUUAAACAUAUAUUUAAAUAUAUAUUUUUAUUGAUAGAAGGAUUAAUUCAACUGAGCUGAUACUGGGCCAGUAGGAGGCACUCCCUGCGAAAAAAAACAAACAAACCAAAAAACAUAAUAAUUACGUAAUAAAUGAAUAACCACUUUCUUGAUCUGAACAUAAUAGGUGUCAUUUUAAAGCCUAGAAUCUGGACUUUACAAUGCAUGUAGCUGAUCCUACCAAUUCUUAAAUAAUGCUUUUUAAUUUGCUGACGAAUAAGAUCUGUCUCAUUCUCAUUAUUUGCAAAUUUGUUAUUACACCAAUUAUAUAAACUAUAAAAAAGAUGAGAUAGCCAUGUGUUAUAUAUCGUUGGAAAGGUCUCAAUUAGUAGAAUGAGCAAAUUUGUAUUACUUAUAGUAUUAGUACUGAGUAUUAGUGUAUGAAAUUCCCAAAGACAUGCAUAAAUAUAAUAAACAGAAGUGUCUUUUUGUCACGUUUUUCCUUAUUACUUCCUGAAAUGUACAUGUAAUGCAGACAAUGAUGUAUCGUAACUUUUAGCAGAUGAUCCCGAUUCAAACGAGCCCAAAUGCAACAUAAUAUCAUAAGUAGAUCUUGAAAAAUUCCUCAAAGAGUGUACACGGAAAGACGUGCACAAGAGGGCACUCAACACGCGGUGUGUGUGUGUGUGUGUGUGUGUGUGUGUGUAUGUGUGUGUGUGUGUGUUUGUUUGUUUGUGUGUGUUUGUGUGUGCACAUGUCCCAGGACUUUGUGUGUGAAAACACAUCCACAUAUGUGCUCAUCUAAAAGAUUGGGAUGCUUCUGAACACUUAAUAUUUCUGUAUUUUGUAGUCUAAUCCAUUCAUUUCCAAUGGCUGGUAAUUUUUGAAUGGGAACACAAGUGUAACAAAGGGAAAUAAAAACCAAUUUAAAGAAAAUUGUUUUUUAAUGUUUUCAGAGACAAUAUGUGAACAAAGUCAAGGAAUUUUAUUCCAAUUGGAUUAAGUAAAAAAGAAAAAAGUCCGGGUCAAAAUGAUCAGAACACAACAUAAGGGUUAAUUCAUAAAACAUUAAGUGCAUUUUAACUAUGUAUUGUAUUAAUGUAUUUUCAAAGAAAGUAUUUUUUAAGAUAUUGUUGCUGUUUAGAUGCAAAUGUUGUCAGCAGGUUGUUUUGAUAAAUAUAUUGCAGUAUCAACCAGCUGGAACAA